AUGGAUGUGCCGCUGUCAUCCUCCGCCGCCCUCCGCCGCAAGGGGUGCCCGCCGUUGUACUUCUUCAUCCCAGUGGCCCCCAUUCUGUUCAUCACGAUCCUAUACGGCGAGCACUUCCUCAUCAUCUUCGGGUGGCAAUCCGAGGUCCACCGCCCUCACCAGACCUUGUCACCGGUGAAAAAGAAGGAUGGAGAAAAGUUGGCUUUCGCGGUGGGAGAGGCAGAGAGGGGCUGCGACAUCUUCAGCGGCCGGUGGGUGUGGGACGAACGAGGCCCACACUAUCAGGAGGCCGAAUGUCCGUUCAUUAGCUCGCCGCUGGCAUGUCAGGAAUACGGCCGCGUCGACACGGAUUACCAGAAUUGGCGAUGGCAGCCUCAUUCUUGCUCUCUUCCAAGUUUCAACGCGUCGUUAAUGCUAGAAACUCUUCGAGACAAGAGAAUGAUGUUCGUGGGCGACUCGCUAAGUUGGGGCCAUUUCUAUUCAAUGGUUUGCCUUGUCCAGAAGAUCAUACCACCCUCGUACGAUGCUCGAUCCAUCACGGCUUGGAACGGUUCACUCACGGUUUUCAAGGCCAAGGAUUAUAAUGCGACAAUAGAAUUCUAUUGGGCACCAUUUCUCCUAGAGUCGAACUCCGACAAUCCAGUCAUACACAGAAUAAAAGAAAACGACAGAGUGGUGAGGAGAGACUCCAUCAACAAGCACGGCGACCACUGGAAAGGCGUCGACAUAAUGGUGUUCAACACCUAUAUUUGGUGGAUGACAGGUCUCAAGUUCAAGAUACAAGAGGGAGCCUUUGACGAAGACGACAUAGACAUAGCAGAAGUGCCGACAGAGGAGGCUUAUCGGAUGGCGAUGAAGAGCAUGCUGCGGUGGGUUAACGAAAACAUGGAUCCGAGCAAGACGAGAGUCUUCUUCACAACCAUGUCGCCCGUUCACAUCAAUUCAAUUGAAUGGGGAGCUCACGAGUACGGCAACUGCUACAACCAGACAGAUUUGAUACAUGAUGCAAACUACUGGGGAUCGGAUUGUCGGAAGAGUGUGAUGAAGGUGAUAGACGAAGAGUUCAGAAAGUCGAGAUAUCCGAUAACGUUGCUCAACAUCACGCAGAUGUCGAGCUACAGAAAGGACGCGCACACUUCUAUUUAUAAGAAGCAUUGGGACCCUUUGACGCCCGAGCAGCUAGCCGACCCGGUGAGCUAUGCGGAUUGUGGUCAUUGGUGUUUGCCUGGAGUUCAAGAUACUUGGAAUGAACUUCUUUUUGCUAAGCUUUUUUAUCCUUGAUUGAUUCUCCGAAAUGAAAUGGAUGGUUUCAUAGAUUUUGCAUAAUUGUAAGGCAAAGGGAAAGUUGUAUA